GUGCACCUUGAGCGGAUGAAGCUCCUCCAGCAGAGUCACCGCUGACUCACCGGCUCUCCCCGCCGCGCACACGCUUCAUAUCAGCUUCAUCAGCGAUGGCAGGCGGGCUAAUGUAAGACGACAGCCGCCGACAUGAGCGACAGAGCCGAUGCGAGAGGGCCCGCGAACCGCCGGAGGAGGACGACCAUCUCCGGCGCUGCUGGCGGCGGCGGAGCGGCGACGGGGAGGCAAGCGAACGGCAGCAAGUUGCACGACGUGGGGGAGAAACCUCGACAGCAUCCGGCCAAAUCCAAAACAGAGGACGAGGUGCAGGGACACCCCGGGGAAUGCAGAGAGAUGUCCGGGCAGCAGCUCGCAGACAGUCCGAGGAAGGAGAGGAGUGCAGCGGAGGAUAUCAACGAGAGACUCAGCUGUCACGUCCUGCAGGAGUCUCUCUUGAGCUCGGCCAGCGGCUACAGCAACUACAGGGGAAUCCUCAACUGGUGUGUUGUCAUGCUGGUGCUGAGUAAUGCACGUCUCUUCUUGGAGAACAUUAUAAAGUAUGGCAUCUUGGUCGACCCUAUCCAGGUGGUGUCUCUCUUCUUAAAGGACCCCUAUAGCUGGCCAGCAGCUUGCCUGAUCAUUGCAUCUAAUGUCUUCAUCUUAGCCGCCUUGCACACAGAGAGACGUCUGGCUCUGGGCACCAUUUCCCAAACAACAGGACUGAUCCUUCACGUUUUUAACCUGAUAUCUUUGUUGAUCGUUCCUUCAGCCACAGUGCUCUCUGUGAGCUCCAUCACCCCAGUGGGUGGCGUCCUGUCCCUAGGUGUCUACACAGUGCUGUUUCUCAAAAUGUACUCCUACCAAGACACCAACAGGUGGUGUAGAGAAAUCAGACAAGCCAAAGCCAAAAGACUGACACGAUCAUACUCAUGUCCGUCUGUGGCUCAGUCCAAUGGUUCAGCAGUUCACACUCAUGUCUCCUACCCAGGAAACCUGACCCACAGAGACAUGUACUACUUUGUGUUUGCCCCAACUCUCUGUUACCAGCUCAACUUCCCACGGUCACCUCGAAUACGUAAGAGGUUCCUGAUGAGGAGACUUUUUGAAAUGCUUUUCUUCAUGCAGCUGUUGGUGGGAUUGAUACAGCAGUGGAUGGUUCCCACUAUACAGAACUCAAUGAAACCAUUCCAGGAGAUGGACUUUUCUCGGAUGGUGGAGCGCCUGUUGAAAUUAGCAGUCCCUAACCAUCUGAUAUGGUUAAUAUUCUUUUAUUGGUUUUUCCACUCAUCUAUGAACUUUGUGGCAGAGCUGCUGCAGUUUGGAGACAGAGAGUUCUACAGGGACUGGUGGAACUCUGAGACUGUCACCUACUUCUGGGCCAACUGGAACAUCCCAGUACACAAGUGGUGUCUCAGACACUUCUAUAAGCCAAUGUUGAGGAAGGGGGUCAACAAGUUUCUGGCUCAAACCGCAGUCUUCCUGGUGUCAGCCUUCUUCCACGAGUACCUGAUGAGUGUUCCUCUGAAGAUGUUCAGACUCUGGGCCUUUAUGGGAAUGAUGGCUCAGGUUCCUCUGGCUUGGUUUGUGGGUCGUUUCCUAAAUGGAAUCUAUGGAAACGCCGCCGUGUGGAUCUCCCUCAUCAUUGGCCAGCCUGUCGCCGUGUUGAUGUAUGUCCAUGACUAUUACGUCAUUCAUUACGGGAGCAGUACAUAGUACUGGAUCAAUGCUCCACGCAGCUUUGGAGCCACAACGUUGUGGUCAGCCUCCAGUGUAAUGAAACCCACCAUCAUGACCAGAUCUCAAC